AUGGCCGGUCGCCCGCCUCUUUUGUUUUUGCCCAAGUCGACGCCCCCGUUGGCACCGAAGCCAGCGCGUGCGGCGUCCAAGGACAGUUUGCCAUUACUCAAGUCAGCGCCGCCGUUCAAGUCGUUUGCACCGCCUCUAAGGCCGCCGGGUGCAGGUUUGCCGCCCGCAGUCGCGCCCUGGGCGGACGAGCCUUCGUUACGGCCGGAGGUGGGUCUGGACUUGUUGGAGGACGACGGGUACCGCGCGCCGGAGAUUCCAAACGCCGUCUUUGAGAACCUCGACAUUCCCAGCCCGCGACGUGACGCUGCAACAGCCGCCGCAGCGGUCAAACGCGGCCGACGACGAGUUGUGCCCUUCACCACGAACGCGGGUGCCCACACACACUCCAACAGCGAUAAAAUCGCGCAGUUGCUGGCACUGCUGGCCGCCAGCCCAUCCAACCAAUGCCCGCUAGCGCCACUCGGCGACCACGCCGGCGGCUGCGGUGUGAGCUCCGUCGCGGGGCCGCUGCCCGGCUGCAAUCACCUGCGCGCACUCGCACGACCAUACAUUCAAGCAACCCCACCGCGCGACUUUACGCUCGGUUCGAGGACCGCGACAGGAGCGCCGGUGGCACCGCCGGCGGCUGUGGCCGCGGCCUUUCUGGACGGUGGUGGGGGCGGAGCCCCCACCGCCGUGACGGGGCCGGUGACCAAGUUACAGCAGCUGGAAGCGGUGCUGAAGCGUUUCUUGGGCAGUGUAGAUCCAUCGGCCGGCGGGAAUAUUCGGAACCUGAGCGAGUUGAGCGAGUUCCUAGAGAUGGAGCUUGAGAAGGCGAAGAACGUGCGUACAGUCGCACAGACCGUGCACGAUCUGGUCAACCAAAUCACCGGGGAACAUGUGAACCCGCAGCUGCUGCAUCUCAUCACCGAAAUGCUCGUCGAGUCGGUCGUGCCCGAACCGCAAGCGGUCGCCCCAGGUCGAGUCGAAGAGAUGGAGGAUGCCGAGGAGUCUAAUCCUCCGCCUAAAACAACAGUUGCCAAGACUUUCAGGGCCGCCAGCAUUGAUCUCAACAGACGUAUCGACUCGAUGGCCGCCGACCCAGAGACGCCUCCCAGCGGCACGCGCUCCCCCGUCUUUGACGAAUCCGUCAACCUCAACGUCAAGAAAAAGUUCACCGAUGCCAAAGACCAAAUGAUGCGCUGGGCACAGGACCUGAAACUGCAUUUCCAACUCAAAGAGCGCAGAAUGAAACAAGAAUUCGACAAAACACUUGCCGACCUCAGAGAUAAAGUGGACGCCAAGGUAAGCCAAUUUAUUCCUACACUUGGUCUGCCAGUGUACCUCAAUCUGUAUUCUGUCAAUUGUACACUCUUAUCAAUGCUCUGCGGUGACGAGAGGCUCUGCGGUGACGCGGGGGGUGGAAUUCCGCUGAUCACGGCGGAACUGACUGACGUACAGCGGUCUUUGAAGGACAAAACCGAGGCCCACGAGAUGACUGUGUCGGAGCUUAAGGAGUCCCAGAACCGUGUACGCUAUCUGGAGGAGGAGCUGGAGACGCAGAAACAAUUGGCCGGUCGCGCGGUGCACGACAGUGAGCGGUACGAGAGACAGUUGCUGCGGGAGCGCUCGGAGAUGACGGCCAAGUUGAAGGCGGUGGCUGCGGAGGCGGAGCGUUUCGCGGCGUUCAAAGAGCAUUUGGUGAACGGGUUGCAGGAGUCAGCGGUGCAGAUUCAGUUGUUAGAGGAUCAAACGCGUAAAUUGAAGAAGGAGUCGGUGGACGCGGAGUUGCUGAAGAGUCGAUUCCAUGGGGAGAUGACGAACGUGAAGGACAAGUUGGCGACCUUGUCAGUGUUGGUGGGGCAGAUGAAGAUGGAGGUAGACGAGGAGCGCAAGUUGCGAGAGUUCAUCGAGAAGGAGCUGAACGUGCAGCGCGAGUUUCUUGAGCAUGCGGAGACCAUGGUCGCUGAGAGCGACGCCAAGGCGCUGAAGGAGCGCGAGACGUCUGAGCGGGCCCGCGUGGCGGCUCGCACAUAUAAAGAGGAGUGCGGGAAGUACAAGUCUUUAUGGCGCUCGGUGCGGGAACGGAUGAUGGAAAUGGAAGAAUGUGCGGCGGUGGUGUUAGAGGAGCGUGAGCACUGUCGCACGAUGGAGCAGGCGUUGGAAAGGGAUCGUAAAACUGUGAUGGAGCAGGAAACGUAUGUACAAACGUUGGUGAACAAGGUGAAGCAUUUUGCGGACCUUACAGAGCAGAUGACGCACGAGUUGAGUAAUGUGAAGGAUAGCCUGCGCAAGCUGAUGAGGGACCGCGAAGGCAUCUUGAACGACCUACAGGAAGCGUCGGUGGAGAGGGAUAAAUACAAACUUCUGUUCCCGGAAGAGCAGCAAAAAGUUGUCCAGCGAGACCAGUAUCUGAACGAGCUGAAGCAGAAGUUAGCGUCUCUGGAUGAAAACCACAGAGCCAUGCAAGACCGACUUGCGCAAACGCAGCAGAACCUGACUCUUUCGGAGGCGAACAAGGAACAUUUGCUGGGUCAAAUCGAGCAGGUGCGGCAAGAAUACUCUAAACGUUUGACUGAAGAUGAUGUGCAGGAGAUGCGGGCGGAGCUGGAAAGUCUGCGACAAGAAACCCAGCGAUUCGCAGCCGAAAAAGAGCGACUGAACGCAAUCUUUGAAGAAGACAUCAAGCGAAGGGAAGCGAUCCAUGAGCGCAGUUUGCAAGUAAUGCAGGAAAAGAUAGACUUUCUGGUCCAGCGGGAGAAGGAUAUGCCGCCCGCCGACUACUUAUUAGAGUCCGUUAACAAGGCAUUGGAAACGCAAUCUAAAUCGCGCACAGAAGAGAUGAUGAAGCUGGCAAAUAAACGACUCCAACGACUCGAAGAAACUACCGCAGCACAUCUCCAAGGACCUACCAAACUCGUCGCCAUCGAGGGCCAGUUUGACCUGCCCAGUAGCGGAGUCAAACAGGCCGUGCAAGAUGCACUGAAUGAAAAACUUACCGACAACCCCCUCUUGGAAGAAACGGCUAGGGCGGUCAAGCAGAUCGAGCAAAAAAUUGAUGAGCCGAAGGAAUACACAUUCAACGCAGAUAUCAAACUCGAUUAA